CGAGCGGGCGUCUCCACGUGAGAGUCGCGGAAGCUCUGGGACCCCGGAGCCAUGGAGGCUGCCGAGCUGGACGAGGGCACCCCGGCCCCAGCGCCCCAGAAGCGCUUCUACCGACAACGAGCUCACUCUAAUCCUAUGGCCGACCACACCCUGCGCUACCCUGUGAAGCCAGAGGAGAUGGACUGGUCUGAGCUCUACCCCAAGUUCUUUGCCCCACUGACCCACAACCAGAGCCAUGAUGACCCAAAGGAUGAGAAAGAAGAGGGAGCUCAGGCCCAAGUGGAAUUUGCAGACAUAGGCUGUGGCUAUGGUGGUUUGUUAGUGGAACUAUCCCCGAUGUUCCCAAACACGCUGAUCCUUGGCCUAGAGAUCCGGGUAAAGGUCUCAGAUUAUGUUCAGGAUAGGAUCCGAGCCCUUCGAUCUACUUCUGGGGGUGGCUUCCAGAACAUCGCCUGUCUUCGUAGCAAUGCCAUGAAGCACUUACCCAACUUUUUCCACAAAGGGCAGUUGACAAAGAUGUUCUUCCUCUUUCCUGACCCACACUUCAAACGGACCAAACACAAGUGGCGAAUCAUCAGCCCUACACUGCUGGCGGAAUAUGCCUACGUCCUGAGAAUUGGGGGACUGGUAUAUACCAUCACUGAUGUGAUGGAACUGCACAGCUGGAUCUGUACCCACUUUGAAGAGCAUCCCUUGUUUGAGCGAGUACCCCUAGAGGAACUGGUCGAUGACCCUAUCGUGGGACGUCUUGGAACUUCAACUGAAGAAGGAAAAAAGGUUCUUCGAAAUGGGGGGAAGAACUUCCCAGCCAUCUUCCGGAGAAUUCAGGACUCUGUUGCCUAACUGCCAGCCUCUGGCUCCACUCUGGCUGGACACUGGUCUCUGGCCCUGCCAUAUCUAGAUCUCUUCUCCCUGCAUCUGGGAAGCAUGAUAAAGGCUCUUCUGCCUUCUGGGUGGGAGUGGGCAUCUCUCUGCUGCACUGUUUCUGCUCCAGGCCUGGGAGCUCUGGUGAUGAGGGAAGGGACCAGAUGUUCUGAGAAGCUUCCUUGACUCUUUGAUUGUUCUUCAGGCCAUUUUUCACCAGGAAGCAGAUGGAAAAUGCACACCUUGAGCCUAAGACAAGUUAGUGUUCCUGAGUUAAAGGGGUCUGAUUCUUUAGAACCGCCUUUCAGCCAGGAUAUGCUCUGUAUAGCUGGAAUAAGAAAACAUUGCACUAUCAGCUAAACUUCCUGCUGGGCUCAGA